AUGUUGGAACCGCUGAUAGUGUUAACAGUGUUGAAUUGCUUCUUCAUGUUCAGCUCGACGGUGACAACAUGCGCUUUAUGGUGGCAAUACCGAAGUCAUCGUUGCUGUUUCAAGAAAAAUACACAGAGUACCAAGCAUAAUUCGACGAAAUCGAAGAGUAACAGCGUGUUGAAGAAAUCUGGAAAUUCGAGACAUGAACACUCUGGCCAUUCUGUCGAACGUAGCAAGUCUAAUUCGAUUGUGAACCGGGACAAUAAGAGUAGAAGGAGUUCGAACAAGAAGUCGAGAUCGAACGCGAAGUAUCUGGUGCAGAAUAGGGCUCUGAGUGACGAACGAUUGUCCUCGAUAGAAAUGAUGGGAAACUGGGAGCUCGAGGACAGAACCAAGAUGUCAGAGGCCUCUCAAACACCCAACGACGCUAAAUCAGCUGUGGUGAUGGAGUAUUCGACCGUGCAAAAGAUUGUCCAGAUUCUAGACAACGACACCGACCUGGCGGGCACAAAACUGGUCAUAAAAGACCUCAAUGCUAAACAGAACGUCGACGAGAAGAAGGAACUGAUGAUUGAGCCUCAAUUGGAACCUCUACUUGUACCUGAAUACACUUUAAUGGCUCAGGGACAAAAUUAA